CAUUGAUGGCGUAGGAUCCACACACGUCGUAUAUGGAGCCGGAAGAAAGCAUACCCCUCGCGCCUGGCGCCGCGGCUGCCCUGGCGAGAGAUGCACUACUCAUGGGGCAGGCUGCCCCAACCACUCGGCCGCCCGGCAGCGCCGCGGCUCUCGCUCGCGAAGCGCUUCAACAGGCUGCACCGCCCGGCGCCGCCGCGGCACUCGCCCGCGAAGCGCUGCAGCAACGCGCGGCACCACCCGGCGCCGCCUCCGCGUCGGCGCGGGACCUGCUGCAGAAGCCCCGCCCGGCGAGCGCGCCGCCGCUCCCAACGCUGCCGCCGCUCCAGCAACACUGGCAACCGCCGGAGAUCAUCGACUUCGAGGACGAUGAUGACGAGGACGACGAGGAUUACGAGCGUCGCCGCUGCUGCUGCUGCUUCACUCGCGGCCACGAGCCGGACGACGUCUUCUCGCGGAAAUGGCUCAAGCGGCUCUGCUUCCUGCACGUGGUGCUGGGCUUCGCGCUCUUCUGGCUGCUCGUGCUCGCGGUCGUAAUUUUCCCGAGUUCGUCGACGUUUGGUGCGUUACGGGAAUUACCUUUAAGAGUCUUGGUGCGGUGCCUGGCGUGCGGCCUCUGCGCGCUGACCGCGUUACGCGUGCCGCUCGACGCGAGGGAGCUGAACGCGACGCUUCCGAAGGCGGCCCUGGCGAAGGUGCUGGACGUCGUCGCGUCGUGCUGGGUGUGGGCGGCGCUCGUGCCGGCCUUCGUGCGGACGUAUAUCGCGGCGGUGGCGCACGACCAGUCGGCGUGGAUGGUCGCCCUCCUAUGUGUCGUGAGCUUCGUGACGGACGUGUCCGGGGUGUGUAUUACGUGGGUCGCCGUGACGCCGCUCUGCCUGGGCGACCUGCUUCCCAUCGCCGCGCGCGAGGAGGCCAUGGACGAGUACAUUGAAGACGACGACCGCGAGGACAUCAUCGUGGAGAUCGGCAGCCUCCUGGCGACGCCGCGCGGCGCGAGGGACGUGGUGUGAAACUACUAAGUUGUUAUUUGU